GUGCCACACCUCUGGAGGCAUUGGUUGAGCUACAGUGCCUAGUAGUUGAGCCGAGCUCGAUCUGUGAGCUCAAGCCCAGAGACGCGCCAAAGAAUGCUGAGCGCUCAGCCGCGGUUACCGCGGGUCCGUGCUUGUCAACUUGCAAUUUCAACAAGUGCCGGAAUCGUGAUUCUGCUGUCCCAGUGAUCGUGCUUAGUUUGCAACUGUGAGCAGUCAACGCUUGUGUGAUAGUUUUUCGGGAAGUGGCGUGUGAGACUGUUGGCAGAAGUUUGUGUGUGUAGUGUUUACGGUUUCGCGAGUCAAAUGAGUGCGCUUGUUUCUGUUGUCACGCGCUUGUUAGUGUCUUGUGGUGAAGUUCCGACUAGUGUGGUAUCACACUGGCGCCUUCAAGCUCAACUCGUCUUCGUCCAUGUGGACCGUUGACCAUCAUUCAGAGCGUCGUGAAUGUCAUUUGAUAUCCAGGUUACUUCGCAUCAUGUCUGAUUCACUCGUCAGCAGCGGUACCGGAUCGGCAAGCCCGUUGAGCACGCUCAGGCAGUUUAGGUUACGAAAGAGAUGUUCGCAGCACAGUCCUGCCUCCAAACAAUGUCCAUCGCAGAGAAACCAGGACCAGAAUCAAACGCAUGGUCAUUCUUCUGCGCUGGGCCGAAACGAAAAUGAUAUUGCCAGCCCCGGCGGGACUCCUGAAUCGGCACUGAAUAGACCUGGCCGGGACUUGGUCAAAAGUGCACAAAAGUCUCAUGGUGAACGACCAAGUGGCUCGAAAGUUGGCUUGGAACUAAGUCCAUCAACAACCAGUGGAGUGAAGCGAAAGCUUUCAGAAUGUGGUGGAGUAUCCAGAGGAUCAGGAAAGCCUGCUCAAAGUGCCUCAAAAAAAACUAUCAAGGAAGAGAAAGAGAGCAGUGAGGAAGACAGCUCAGAUGAAGAGGGCACAAAGUAUAUGACUGACAAAGAAAAAAGUCUCAAGCAGAUUAUUAAAGAGUUCAAAGGAGCUGAUGUUAUGGCUCUGCAAGAUGCCUUGGUGACAUGUAAAUGGGAUGUCUGUGAAACGCGUGCAUACUUGCUGGAAAACCCGCCUCGUCGCAUGGCUCCCAACCCAUAUCGCAACGCGCAAUUCAAUAUUUUUCCCUCGUCUGGCAGCAGAGAUGCGGAUUCUGAUAGUGAAGAGGAGGGAGAGGUGACACCUCAGUUUCACAUUACAAUGCAGGAGACAGUCACUACAAGGAAUGAACCACCAGCGAAGAACACGAUUGGUGGCCUGCCCAAGCCCCAAGCUCCCAGUGACACUGAUUCGUGCAACUCACAAAAGACAGUGGAGCUUCUGCCAGCGAAUGCGAUAAAGGUUGAAGCUGUCAGUGACAACGAAGAACAGAUCGACGGUGAUGUCCACGGUUUUACCAGUGACACUGAUGAAAGUGAUGAAGAAAUACAUCGCACACCUGUAAAGGUUGAACCGCAUAUUAUUACGGGCUACGUGGACAACGCUUCUUCCGAUGAACUGGUUACUAUCUCUGUCUGUCAACCGAAGGUUGAAGCUGUUGAAGAAAACGAGCCACGUGAAACGUGGAAGACUGCGACUAACCAACGAACACCAGAGGACGUGGCUGGCAGGAAAGACAACAAUGAAGAAUUUAUACUCCCCACGGGUCAUGUCCCAGAACACCUGCCAUCUUCAGUAGAGAAGCAAAUCAAUCCUGGUGAUUUUGUGGCCGUUGAGAUUAAAGAAAGCUCCAGCCAGGUACUCAUGGCUGCAUCUUUGUAUGCCACUGCUCUGCAACAACGUUUGACCGAUGAACGAGAGCGCACACGGUUGAGGCGCGUGCAGCCACUGUAGUUUUCUCACUGCCUUAUGGUAAAGUCUUAUGCAGUGUGGGGAGCACACGCACCCAUAUUCUCCCGCAUACUCCCAUCGUCACGUUCGCACGUUGCGGACACAUCGGGAGCUGGCGUAGACAUGCGAGAGCGGCACUAUGCCCUCUCUCGGUUCCCCGUCACCUCUCGCGAUGUGCAUAGCCUUCACCCCCCCCCCCCCUCUCUCGGUUCCCCGUCACCUCUCGCGAUGUGCAUAGCCUUCACCCCCCCCCCCGGCUCGCUGGAAUGGGAGAAGAUGGGUACGUGUUCUCCCCACAGCAGCAAAAUGUGUGCAGUCAGACGUCUUCCUGAAGGUGAUUCAUUAAAGUCUACACGUAUGCAGGCUGAGUGUUUUUUCUGUG